AGGGAGGUGGCUCGCGCGCCGUGGGCUGCAGCCAUCUUUUCCCCCCGCCGCUGCUCGCCCAGAGCGCUGCGCUCCGAGGAGCUCGCGUUGAUCUCCGGCGAUCUCCUGAUCCCCAGCGGUUUCCCUGCGGCACUGCAGGCGUGAGUUACGCGGGGGUUUUAAUUCCUGGCUUGGUGAGGUGGGUGUGGUGCCCGGUCUCCGGUUCCCAGCUGGCAGGAGAGGCGGGGAUCUGGACCGCGGCCCCGCUCCCCGCGUUCUCCUCACCGAGCUGUGGUGAGCCGGCCUGCAAAAGAACAUAAAUUUUGGAGAGGUGUGUGUGUGUCCCCCCUUCGUUUUGCUAAACGGACGUAAUGGUAUUUUAACGUAAGCUUCGAAGCUGAGAAGAAAAGUUGUCUUUUAAAUGCUGCAUAUGUAGUAAAAUAUUAGGAAAAGGUCAGUCGUUUGUCCGUGCAAACUAAGAUCCUAACGAUGUAUUAAACAGCCUGAAGAGUAAUUGCUUUAAAAUAAAUGCCCGAAAUAAAUAUUUUGCUUAGUUAAGUGAAACUGGACUCAUAUCCUGGAAAACCUGGGGAAGCGUUAGCCUGUUGACUGAGAGGUGAAAUCAUGAACGUGUCCCUGUGAUUGUUACUUCCCAGGCGCUGCGUCUCGGUAGGAAAGGCCGAGGGCUUUUCUAGCCUUGCCGGUGAGUUCGGCGUGUUCCCGCCUGUGUGGGGCGGGGGGAACGAGGGUAUCGGUCGCUGCGGUCGGGAUGGGAGCGGUGGGGUUGGGGUGCGGUUGUGUGCCCGCGGCGUGAAGCGUUACCGUAAGCUGGCCGGUUAGCUCAGUUGGUUAGAGCGUGGUGCUAAUAACGCCAAGGUCGCGGGUUCGAUCCCCGUACGGGCCAGAGGCAAACUUUUUUUUUUUCUUGUGUCCCAGCGGCGCCGUCCUGCCCGCCGCGCCUCUUCCUGCCGAGACACGCGUGUCACCGCUGCGCAAGGACACGGCCGUGGCGGAGUGGGGGGUUUCACGACCCCUCGACUCCAGCAGAGUGAGGGUUCCUCUCUCUGCGAGGGCGGCCGCCGUGCCGGCCGGCCUGCAGCGUGCUCCGGUCACCCCUUCAGGCGCGUUUUCUUACGUGGGGGUUCCACUUCACGCGUGGCACGCCCUCACUUGCCGCCUGGUUGUUGUCCUUACUCCCCAUGGGCAUGCGGAACCCCACCGAGGAGGAGCGAGUGGCGGAGUGCAUGCUUAGUGUGAAGGAGAGGGACACCGCGCCCGCAGCCGGUUCCUGUCACGCGUGGGUCGCUCCCGCACCUCCGAAGGCUUUUUGCCCCCUCGAAGCCGCCGUCGGUGCUGGGCGGCUCCGCCCCGGGGGCGCGGCGGGCGGCUGCCGGGGGCGCCAUUGGCCCGCGCGCCGCCGGUGCCCCCUCGCUUCGCCCCACGCCGCCGAGACCUCCCCGGGGAGAGUUUGGCGGGGGGGGGGCGCGGCGAUGCGGCUCCCGCCCGUUAACGCCCGCCAAGAUGGCGGCUCCUGAGGAGGGGGGCACCGAGGCGCCGCCGCCCCCCCCUCCUCCCGCUGAAGACGAGCCCCCCGGAGGGGCGGCCGCCGCCUGCGGGGUUCCCCUCACUGUGGCGGCAGGCGGGGAGGAGGAGGAGGAGGGCGGCGCGGUAGGGCCCAUCGUCCCGCCGCCCCCCGCGGAGGGCCCGGAGCUGCUGGCGGUGAGGGAGGAGCUGGCGCAGCGCUUGUCCGGCACCGUCCUCUACCUGCAGGCGGACGGGAGCCUGGUGGAGGGCGCGGGGCUGGGCGCCGAGGAGCAGCGGCGGCUGCUGGAGCAGCUGCUGGCCGUCGCCGAGAGCCCGCGGCCGGGCACGGCGGAGCCGCCGCCUCCUCGGCACGCCGCCACGCCGCUGGCCCCCGCCGAGCUCCAGCGGGUCAUCGAGCAAGUGAGCAAGGCCCAGGAGCAGCAGAAGCCGCCGCCGGCAGCUGCCCAGCUGGAGCCCGGCCCGGGGCCGCCGCCCUGCCGCGGCGGGGGCUGCCCGCCGCCCCGGGACGCUGUCCUGCUGCCGCCGCAGGCCCGCGGGGCCGCCCCGCCGCUGGCCAGCAUCAUGCAGAACGCCGCCCAGCAGCUGCAGAGCGUGGCCCAGCAGGUCGCCCUGCAGCAGGGCAAAUCCAUGGCGGCCGCCCGGCUCCUCCCGCAGAAGCUGGAAGCCAUUUGUAUCCAAGUUCAGCCAGGACAGAUGAAGGAAACUGAAAGGCCAAUGCCAUCAUUGGCACCAGUCCAGUCCAAAACUAUUACGCUGAGUCAGUCAGUUAGUAGAAAUUCCAGCGUACCAGGACUUGGCAUUAUUAAUCCCCAGAUAAUUAGGAUACAGCCCGUUACAGGAACUGAGCAGCAGCAGCAGCUAUUCCUGCAUAGUUCUUCAGAGUCUCCAAUUCAGUUGCUUAUGGAGAGACCUUUACCAUCUCAUGGAUCAGUAUCCGUGAACAAGAUUCCCACAUCUAAGAUGCUAAAUGGACAGAAGGCUACCCAUGCCCCAGUAUCGGCUACAAGGUCUCCAAAUAUUACCAUGGUUGCAGCCACUUCAGCAAAUACUCUGACACCAUGCCUUGAAAAAAACCAAAAAGAUGACAAGUUAAAAAAAUCCUUGAAAGUGAAAACUCGUUCCGGACGGAUUUCACGCCCUCCCAAGUACAAAGCUAAAGAUUAUAAAUUCAUUAAAAUGGAGGAUUUGGCUGACGGUCAUCAGUCUGAUUCUGAUGACUACUCUGAGCUGAGUAUAGAAGAUGAUGAAGAAGGAAAAGUGAAGGGAAAGGAUGCAUUAUUCAGUUCUUCAAAUUAUAAUCUGAAACCCAAAAUGUUUAAAUGUCAGACUUGCGAAAAAUCCUAUAUAGGAAAAGGAGGAUUAGCAAGACAUUAUAAACUUAACCCAGGCCAUGGACAGCUGGAGUCUUCACCUCAAAAAAUACCUUUAAAUAAGCCUAAUGGAAGUGUAUUUGUGGACAGUGCCUGUGGAAUAAGAGAGGAAAUGAUGAGUCCAGCACAUUUGCAUUCAGUUGCUGUCACUUUAAAUAACGAAAAUGCACUAGCUACCAGUCUGGAAGAAACUGUUGAUUCAAAGGCUGGAGAACAGACUUGUAAGUCUGCAGAAGGUAGACACUCCUUGGCAGAACAACAAAAUGAAACCAGUUCAGGAUGCCGGGGACCCAUAGCACCAAAAGGACCUGGAAGACCCAGACGAUCAAAGAGACGUGGUCGACCAAGGAUGGGUGGAAGAUCUAGGUGUUCUGGAAGGCUUAGCAGACCUGGUCAGUCCCCUUCAAAGUCACUUAGUAGUGUGUCAGCAGAACACAAUGUAUUCAGAAGAAAAGCUAGGUUAAAAGAGCUAAUACAACAAUGCAAUAAUGAAGACUUAAUGGAGCUGGCUCUCCCACGUCUUACAAAGCUUGUUACAGUAUAUGAAUUUCUGUUGAUGAAGGUUGAAAAAGGGUAUCCAGCCAAAGCCUACUUCCCAGAUGUGUAUAGGGAAUUUGAAGACUUGCAUAAUAUGGUAAAGAAAAUGGCUUAUGAUCACCUCAGUAACUCUGAUUUGCUGAGUUGCCAGCAGUCUGUCGAAAUAAAAGAUGCUAAGGUUGCUGAAUCACUAGGAAUUACAGAAAUUCUCACUGGAGAACGAAAGAUGCAAGGUGUAGACUCUUGUUCACAAUGUAUAAAUAAAGCGGUUAGUGAGCAAGUGCCUGUGGAGAUACUGGGACAAAAACGGCUAGCUAAGAGCUCAGGGGAGGAACUGUUGCCAUCAGCCAAAAGGACCAAGUUAGAAGACGUAACGGAGAAUGUGAAUAAUGCUUAUGCCAGUCAAGAUGAAGUGAAGGAAAAGAGUGGGAAUUUGUGUACACUGUUUGAAAAAGAUGGUUUUAUUCCAUUAAAUGGAGAAAUCGUGCUUUCAGAAGAUAGGCAUAUCACUUGCUGCACAACUGGAAGUACGUUACCAACAGCAGAGGAACAUAAUUUACUUGUUGAUUCAGGAGUUAGAAUCGAUGCUGAAAAUUCAGGUACCUUCUCCCAGACUGUGAAAAUGAGGAUAGAGUAUUCCCAAGCAGUAAACAUACAGGGACCAGAUAUGACAGGUGACGCAUCUCUGCUACAUGCGGAAGUUGUAUUGCCUGUUGAAGCAGAUGGGUCCCCUGAAGUAGUUCAAGCGCACUUUGUGAGUGAGAAUUCAGCAGGUGGACUGUCAGCUCCUGAACUUUGCAGCUCUGUGUCAGAAAGUGCAGCGGGCAGUCAGAGCACUAACUUACCGACAAGCAAAGAAAAUGGUUACAAUCAAAAAUAUCAGAAAGUGCAAGAAGAAAACCAUGAUUCUGCAGUUAAAGAACGUUCUGGACAAUUUCACAAUGCUGAUAUCACUGAUGAGAUGCAGGAACUUGAAAAAGUUUUUUCAACAAACAUUGUGCCAAUAAACUACCCACACAGUGCUCAGACUGAGUCGCACCAGGACCCUGUCCACGAAGCCUCCCUGUCUGCUCAUGUGAACCAUGAAAACAUGAAUGAAUUUUGCGGGACAGGGGAACAACAUGAGCUGGAGAAUACAGUUACUGUAGAUGAAACUGUAGCCUUUGAGAUUACUGAUGAGAGCCAUGAUUUUUUGUCUCAGGGACAUGAACAGAUUUUUAUUCAGACUUCAGACGGGCUUAUCCUGUCUCAUCCAGAUACUGCUGUUUUGUCUCAGGCAGAAGGCAUCGUUAUUGUAACCGAUUCCAAUGGUACGACAAUGCACAUUCGCACACCUGAGGGGAUACCUUUGGAAACUGUGGAAGCACUACUGGCAAUGGAAGCAGAUGGCCAAAGCGAAGAUAUUUUGCUCUCGCAAAGUGAAUUGGAGCCAUAAAUUAGAAAACUCUAUAUGCUUUCUUCUGGAAAAGACUGACUCUAUAAAAUGUAUAUUUUUCUAAUGUGAGUACUGAAAUAAUUGAAAUUUAACUUAUUUGUAAACUGUUUCUAUGCCCUGUACUUUUUAUAACUUAUGUUUAUAUAAAUCUAGCAGCAUUGCAACCAAAAAUUCUAGAAUUAACAUCGUUCUAUUUGCUUUAUAUGUUGGGGGUGGGUGGAAAGCGGAAAUCUGUCAACCCUAAAACUGUUGCACUAUUCCCUUUUGUUACAUAAUUCCUUUUCUCUCUCCUGCCAUCUAAAAAUGCAGUCAGUUGUACUGCUGUUCAGCAGUGAUGUGCUGUGUGCUGGCAAGCUGUAUAUGGGUAAAAUAAAAACUAUAUUAAAAAUGUGCGUUUUCUGUGCCAUUGAGAUGACAAAACACUUCGUUAGUGCACUUUCUUAAAGCUACCUUGAAUAUUGAUUAGCAUCUAGACUUGAUGUGCGUAAAUCUGCCUGGAAAAAUGGACAGUUUUAAAUAUAAUCCAGACUUGUGUGUUCCAGGAACAAUGUGACAACCUAACUGAUCCUUAAAUAAGCAUCCAAGUUAGGGACAAAAAUAGCCUCAAACAAGAUCCGAUUUGUACUGAACUGCUGUAAAUGUAUUUAAGUAUGCUUGUCUAACCUUUAAAAAUUGCUGUUACUUAGAAAUGUGAAGGUGUGUAAGUAGUGAUCUGAUUUUCCUUAAUGAGAUAACAGAUUCUUUUUUCACUU